GUUGAGAGUAGACUUUCCAAACUAAAAUGUAUUCCUGACUCAUGCCGCAGUCGAGUCUAUAGUGUGAUAUUUCUAGGAAGUGAAGUGUACAAAACGGGAAAACCUAAGAAUAGUGAAGGCGAACGAUAACGAAGGCAUCUUGACUGAGAUCACUCGACCAGCAACAACACUAUAUGCAAUACCAGACCAACUAUCCGUACGCCACGACAUCGCAGCAGUAUGGGGCGAUAUCAAAUCGUCGCGAUGAGCAGCGACGCCGACAACAGGAAUAUUCCCAGGCUCUUGCUAAGCAGGUAGCGCAACGCGAACAGCAAAAACGUCGCGAGCGUGAAAUGGAUCAACAAUAUCGAAGACAUAGCGGGGCAUUUCCGAAUCCGUUUAACCAGAAUUUCCGUCAAGAAGCGUUCGCGUCAGCUGAGCGUGGAAUUCUAGACGGACUGGGGCACAAUAACCCUCAAAACACACGAAAGAGCUUCGCGCGUGGGCAGCCCCAGCUGCAUCAUCGCUUACCCGGUGGCCCAGAAUCGUUCGACUAUUCUCAAGCAAGUAAUUUCCCGCCAGCUCAACAUCGACCCUCUGUGGAUAACCAAACUUUUCAAAGUGGGUUCGGAUAUCCUGGUAAUAUGAACCAGCAGCAUCCAAUGGCACAGCAAAGUUGGCAACAACAACAAUCCAUUCCAGCACCUGGUACCGUUGGGCCACCUCCUUUUCCCGGAUCAAACGUGCAAGCUGGUUGGGGUGUGCAAAAUCCUCAGCUGAAUGCCAUGCCUCAAGCAGUUCGUAAUGACUUGGUGGCUGGGCCGCCGCCUUUUGCUCCGGGGCCAAGCAUACAAACUGGUUGGCAGAACCCUCAGCAGAAUCCAAUGGCACAAGCAAGAAACAGUCAAUAUUGGGCUGGACAAAGCUUUCCCGAGCAACCUGUACCAUCGGCAGGCUAUGCAGGCUACGCAUCUCCACAACGACCGAACUAUCAGUCAGGACACCCCUACGAUAGUCCACCAGGACCCCCAAAUGCUCACAAUGCUGGACGCCGUCUGCGAACAGGUAUACACGAUGGAGAUCGAGGAGAUGCCGAGGAGAGGUUUCGUCGAAAACAGCAACAGCAGCACGAGAUGCAACUCGCACUGGAGCGUCAAAUUGAGGAAAAACGACAACAAAAGCUGGAAGCUAAGCGUCGUCAGGAAGAAGAAGAUCGACGCGAGUUGGAACGCUUUGAAGAAGAGCAACGUCGGUUAAGAGCUGAACAAGAGCGACUGCAAGAAGAGAAACGUCGCAAGGCAGAACUGGAACAGCAGAAAGCAGACCAGGCAGCCGCGGCGGUCGCGGCGGCAAACCAGCAAGCCAAACUUCAGCAACAACAUAAACUGCACGCUCAACUGAACCAACCACAACCUCAACAUAUCCAAUCAUUUCAACAGCAUUACCAACCACCACCACAGCAACCUGAACACUUUCCAAACGCUCCAUCGCCUGAUAGAUCGAAAAAUCCGUUCACCAACUCCCGUGCUCAUCUGUUCGAAGAUCCCCCACCGCCUCGAGAGUCGAUGGCUCCAAGUAAUCACCACGGGUACUCGAACCAGAACGCGUCUCCAAUCCGAGGACAUCCACAGAGUUUUGGUCCAGCGUUUGAGCACGACAAUAAUAUGGGUCGUUUACUUGACCCCAUGGAAUUACGUCAUCAGUACGAUGAUAUGCGGGAGGAGUUGAGUAGGCAGAAACAACUCGUUGACCAACUACGCCAAGCUCAAGCACAGAUCCAACAGCGUUCACCUGUGCGAGUGGAAAGCGGGAAUAUCCCUACGCUGAUAGAUCUCGAGAAACUCCGCAAUGAAUUGCGUGGAGAACUCGCUUAUCGUGAACAAAUUCAUCGACAAGAGUUGGAGUCGCUGAAACGAGAGCAACAGCAAGAGCGACCUCCUACACAAUCUCCUCACCGCCACUCAGGAGUGAAGGACUCCCUUGAGCUGCAAGUUCGAAUUCCUAACAAGGUUGAACGUAUCUCGUCGCAUCCAGAGACUAUCAAAGCACACGAAGUGUCGAGGCAGCAACGAGGUUCUCCCAAUAAAAUACAACACCCGUUUCGAUCCAGUACCGAAGAAUUGAGUCAUCACCUCAAAGCACCGAUUAGUGAAAGCGCAAUGUCAUUGCGUGGUGAAAGCAGGUUUGUGUACUUUAAUGUCGAGACCGGAGGGAACCUAAAUGGUGACGUUGGGGACGAAAAAAGUUCUGACAACGAACAGGACGGAGACGCGCUGGAUGAACAAAGCGAAUCGAUCAAAGUGGAGGCACCUCUACAGCGAAAGAGCAUUCAAAAGAGUGUCCAAUUCUCACCAACAAGAAAGCCUAGCAUCAGGCAGUCUGUAGCUGUAACCAGAUCGGUAUCUCCCAGAAGACCGAUAAAAAGUGAAGUUUCGGACACCGACAGCGAUGGUGACGAUGAUCGUGGAUUUGUCGUGACAGGUAUCACGUCUUCUCCGUCGCACCAGCUACUGAACUCACCGUCAACCUCUCGCAGCAGCAGAUCUGCAGCGAGCAGUCAUCGGUACUCACAGUUGCCACCAGCCUUGUCUUCAUUUUCACCUUCAAAGGCUUCACAUAAGUGGCGUCUUGAGUCCAUGGGCACCACCGACAGCAACGAUGAUCUGGAUGAAAGUUUGGACGGUGAUCAGCUUGAAGCACUUUUCCAGCGAAAUGUUCGUCGACACGAGAUUCUUCUAGGAUUUCAAAGCAAGUUGCAAGGGCAACCACAGGACGCAAAGCAACGAAAGCCUGACGCAAAACUGGCAUGGGCGGAGUUACACCAACAACUCGAGAGUAAUAGACGUGCGUUGAUGCUCCGGAAACUCAGUACUAUGAGCACAGCAUCAAACGAUUCAAACCAAGAAACUAUUGACAAUGAGGCGGCUCUAGUAGCGUCCUCAAAGUGGGUGCCGUCGACAGUUCUAUCAACUCGAAGACGGAACGUAGUGAACAACUAA